AUGUCAUUUAUCGAAUGGCGAACUUUAUUUGAUGAUAUAUUUGAUGGUUAUUCUGAUGAGUGGACAUUAACUUAUGUUCAUAGAAAUGAUAAAAUUCAAAAUCAAAACCUUAAAAAUAAACGUAGAAUGGAAAGAACUGGAUACGCCAAAUUUUAUUGUUCAAAAUGUUGGAAUAGUUGGGCCUCAGCUAAAGCUAAAGUAGUUUUAUAUUAUCCGAAUGCUAAUGAACCACUCGGAAGAAUUACUUUACGAUUUUUUGGACAACAAUGUAGAAAAUGUUCUCGUAAUAAAAUUUAUUUUGUUAAUCCAGAAUUUGAUGAAGAUUGGAUUGAAUCAACUUUAGAAAAACUUUAUGAAAGAAUUGGAUGGUUUUGUUAUGGUAAAGAACGAUUAACAAAACCAAUAAAAAACGACCAACAAGCGAACAAUAUUGAAGGUCCUCAUGAAAAAGCACUAUGUGAAGCUUGUCAAUUAGGUUGUUGCGAUCAAACAUCGAUAAAAAAGAACUGUUGA